CAUCUGUGGUUAAGCAGGAUUAUUAUUUAUGUAAUAGUAAAAUAACAAUUUGACCGGUCCCGUGUACUCAUGAAUUUAGUCGCAGAUCAACUCUUCCAUCUUCACAACCUACAAUAUUUCUAGCAAUGUUGCAAGAAAUAAAAAUGUUGCUACCAACUUUCUCUCUGCUCCUUUUGUGUAUCUCGUCAGCCAUCUCUGUCAAGAAUGACGACCCCAACUACGCCGAGAGGAAACGUUUAACAGAAAAUUUGCUCUCGAAGUCUGAAGCUCCUCACAUGCAACUCCGACCGCCCACGCCCACCGGGACCCCCCUCAACGUUACGGUGAAUAUCUAUAUCCGGGACAUUUACGACAUUGACGAAGAUAGAAAUCGCUUCACCGUCCAACUCACAAUGAGACAGGAAUGGACUGACAAUCGGCUGGCAUACACUCCAACCAGUGCAGAUUUCAAGUACUUUCUCUUCGAGAACAUAGGCCACGAUGGACCACCAAACAUCUGGAUUCCUGACACUUUCUUCAGAGAAGAAAUUUCAGCCUUUGAUCAUCGACUUCCUCAUUUUAAUCAACUCCUACGAAUUUAUCCCGAUGGUCAUCUCCUGCACUCAAAACGAAUCACUGUGGAACUGCAUUGCUCUACAUUAAAGAACGUGAAGGAAUAUGAUUGCCCGAUUACUUUGGCUUCGUACAUGUAUCCAACGAGUGAUCUUAACCUGUAUUGGAGAGAACUAGAUGCUUAUCAAAUAUGGGGAGGAGCCGCUACCGACUUACAAGGAGUUUACUUAAAAAAUGUGACGACAAACUCCUGUACUCGAAAAACUUUGCUCGGUGAUUGGCCCUGUCUUGACAUGACACUCACAUUCAAUCAUCAUUUGUACGAGUGUCCAUCAUCGUGAGAAAUAAGAACAUGAAAUUAUAAUUGAAUAAAAAUUGGCAAAUAUACAUUCGACAAAAAAUA